AUGGUGCUCAUUCCGCUCGUUCUUCUUUUCCAACACUUGACGACAUUAACGGUCGCAUUUCGACACUCACUAUGUGGCACCUCGUCGUUGACCGUUCGCGGUGUGGACAUCGUCUCUGCGUCGAAAAAUACCGUACUUCUGGUCUCGUUCAUGCCACUUCAGUGCGCCUUAUGCCAUCGACAACUCAAGAGGCUUUCCCAUUUGGCAACGAGCCAAAACGAUGUCCGUGUGGUCAUUUUGGCCCCAUCGUACGAGGCACCCGUGACUGUCUCGCGAGUUCAAACCGAGUUUCCUCGUUUGAUAGUCGAUCGGGACAUGCACAACGUUUGGCGAACUUAUGAGGCGGCCAACCAUGAUCAGAUCAUUUUCGACAAGUGCAGCCGUGUUUCACACGUGGUGUCACAACCUCGUAGCGACAUGACCAAUUAUCGUGACACGCUGGAUGCAGUUGAUAGCGCUCGGGCUCAAAGAGUGUGCGGACCUUGCGCCCAAAGCGGCAUUCGUGAGGCCCCUGGAUUUCAAGGAAACGCCAGGAAAGCGAUCGAUUGA